GAGGCUCCCCUCUUCACUGGACGGCAAGGCAUAUUUUGAAGUGGGCAGGCUGUCGUUCCCGUGGACCUGAGGAUGUUUCGCAAAAAGAAAAAGAAGAGGCCUGAGAUAUCAGCACCCAAGAACUUUGAGCACCGUGUCCACACCUCGUUUGACGCCAAACGCGGCUGCUUUGUGGGUCUGCCGACACAAUGGCAAAGCUUGAUAGAGAACCUGCGCAGGCCCAGGCCCAUGGUGGACCCUUCCAGGAUCACAGAGGUGGAGCUGAGGCCAAAGAAGACUAUUGUGCGUGGGAGCAUGAUCGGUCAUGGGGACUACAUUGCAGCCAUGAUCAAUGAUAUGAGCCGCCUGUCUGUGACCAGCUCCAACUCUCUUAGGAAGAGUAGCCCCUCGGCCCGGAAGAGAGCCCAGUCUCUGGGGAGGCUGGGAGAGGUGAACGAGGCAGACACUUACCAGUAUGAGGGUCUGACCCAUGAUGAUGAAGACGACGAGGAUGUGGGUCAGGACCAGUGGAGGGACAAGGCCAGGAACAUCCACAGUGAGACCAACACCCCUUACUUGGGUAUGAAGAAGAGCAUCACUCUGCAACCCAACGGGAUCUUGCCAAAGGCCAAGUCCACCUACGAAGUAAGCGUCAGCUCCCAGGAGGGACCCUCACAACUUGCUCAGGCCCAGAACAUCCUGAUGCCAAGUCACGAGGCUUAUAUGAGCGGUGAGGUGGGCAGCCCUCAGGAGAGAGUGAUAUGGAAGAGAGAUUUCCAGCUGCCAAGGGGAAUGCCAACAAAUCAGAGACCUAUAGCUUGUUUCUACAGCCCAGCUAUGACUGUACAGCCGCCCCAUGGAGAUCAAGGGACAGUCACCACGGAGCUCCGGCCAAGCGUACCGAUGUACAUGCACCCACAGAACAGCCCUGGGAGGCCAUUCUCCUCCUAUGACCUGAAGGCAGAGACGACAGUGAGAUACCACUCCGGCUUCCUGCCCACUGGCACCAGCAGUCCCCUUGUGGGCGGCAUCAGACCCCAGCGGACAGUGCGUUCCUCAGCUAGCUACACCCUGGGCCUGUCACCUAACAUGGGACUGAGGCCCAGUGGGCCAGACCCCUUCCUCAGACACUCUGGAUGCCCCAACCCUCCUUACCCCAGGCAGGACAGUCCUUCCCAACCUCGACCCUCCCCUACAGGCUCUCUAGCUACCAGUCCCCCCGGCACCUGCUCCCCUGCCUUUAGGCCCCCACAACACCCUUCACCCAGGCCACCCCCAGACCCACCCAAGGUGACUCAUGAACAAUUCAAAGCUGCCCUGCAGAUGGUGGUAGACAAGGGCGAUCCACGGUCUUACCUGGAGAACUUUGUGAAGAUAGGGGAGGGUUCGACAGGGGUGGUGUGUAUUGCAACAGAGAAGCACAGUGGCAGGCAGGUAGCGGUGAAGAUGAUGGACCUGCGGCGGCAGCAAAGAAGAGAGCUGCUGUUUAAUGAGGUGGUAAUCAUGAGGGACUAUCAGCACAGGAAUGUGGUGGAGAUGUUUAAGUCCGCCCUGGUGGAGGAGGAGCUGUGGGUUAUCAUGGAGUACCUGCAGGGUGGAGCACUAACCAACAUCGUGUCCGAAACCAGGCUGAGUGAAGAGCAGAUUGCCACAGUGUGUGAAGCUGUUCUGCAAGCCCUGGCCUAUCUCCAUUCACAGGGAGUCAUCCACAGAGACAUCAAGAGUGACUCCAUACUGCUCACGUUAGAUGGAAGGGUCAAGCUUUCAGACUUUGGCUUCUGUGCUCAGAUCAGUAAGGACAUCCCUAAGAGGAAAUCUCUAGUGGGGACACCCUAUUGGAUGGCUCCUGAGGUCAUCUCCAAAUCACCAUAUGGCACUGAGGUGGAUGUUUGGUCAAUGGGAAUCAUGGUGGUGGAGAUGGUGGAUGGAGAGCCUCCGUACUUCAGUGAAACCCCUGUAGCAGCUAUGAAGAGGCUGAGGGAUGAACUGGCUCCUACUGUCCGAAAUGUCAGCCAGAUAUCCCCAGUUCUAAAAGACUUCCUGGACCGUAUGCUGACUCGGGACCCCCUAGAGCGGGCCAGCGCCACUGACCUGCUGGAGCACCCCUUCCUGCUGCAGAGUGGCUCACCUCAGUGCCUGGUCCCGCUGGUGGAGCAGUACCGCAAGCGCAUGUCCCGCUGCUGACCCCUGUGGGGCUCCCGGUCCCCAGCACCCACCUCCAGUCUGACGUGUCCAGGCCCCGCACAGGGGUCCAACUCCUCUAGCACCCAAGGCAACGGGAGAUCAGCUCCAGAGAAGCAGACCCAGGCAGCAUGAUGCUGCCAGAGUGAUGGUGGCAGGACAGCAAGUUUGGUUGACAGACACCGCAUGGUCUCGGGCAUGAGAGAAGCACUUUAGGAGUCAGUUAAAGGCAGCAUGCAAUUCCUCACCUCUCAACUCGGUUCGAUCGGAAUAUUGAUUGGCUUCCUGUAACAUUCAGUGGGAUUCAACACAACACAACUUGGUGCAUAUCAACUGAUAGCAACAAUCAAUAUUCCACAUAACUGUAUGUAAUGAACACGUGCUCCUCUAAAGAUCCUUUAUAAUGUUCAUAGUGGGAAUUGUUGCUGGCCGUGUAAAGCUUAUAAAGCUGGUGUUAGGCUCAAACCACAGUAGCUCAUUGUGACAUUAUUAAGGAAGGAAGAAGUUACCUCUGCACACUCACCCUCUUUGCUGUGGAAACUGAACAACAGCCUGGUCGGUACACUCCACAAACACUGACAGUAGACUCUUUGCAUGGCCAAAUGGAGGCACACCUGGCCUGAUGUGAAUGCUUGAAUAUGUACCAAACUGGGAAGUGAAAGACAAUUCUCUUUUAUUAGCAUAACAAAUGGGUAGAUGAAAGCCCAGCUGCUACUAUUGGGCUAUUGGAAAAUUACCAGUACCAUAUUCCUCUUUUUUCAUAUUUAUCCUUUAUUUCCAAAAGGUGUUGUGGGUUGUUUGUAUGAUGUGAAGUUGCAAAUAAGGUUUCAUUAUUAAGUAUGGACUUGAAACAUGAGCAGAUAAAUUAAUAAUGUAAAUAAAACAUACUGAAUAUUA